CCUGUUUGCAUUCCAACAACUCCUGAGUCCUGACUGAGUAAUAAUGGCUGAAUUAAACCGACAACUCCAGGAAUAUUUGACCCAGUCUAAAAGCGGUGCGAAGACGAUAUCACAGUCCAGCUCCAGCACCACCAUAGACAUCGAUGGGCCCCCGACGGUGCCGGGGAGCUGGUUCGGCCAGUGGUCGAGUCCGUUCUCUGGCUCCAGCAGUCGUGGAGCUUCAUCAAGCCAGGGAUCGAGCAGCGGCUUCUCCUGGCCAUGGUCAUCAGAACCGGACCCGUGUUUGCCAGGUAUGAGUCGAUCCCAGAGACUAAUCGCGUUCGGGACGUGUAUCUUCUUCUCGGCUCUGUGCUUCGGACUGUCAGCGCUGUAUGCUCCUUUGCUCCUGCUGAAGGCGCGCAAGUUCGCCCUUCUCUGGUCGCUCGGCUCAGUGUUCGCCUUGCUCGGUGCGGCCAUCCUCCGCGGACCGAGUAAACUCAUCGCGACUCCCACACCGGGAGCAGCAUUGUAUUUGUGCUCUCUGGCGGGCACCUUGUACGCGGCGCUGAGCCUUCACAGCACGCUGCUCACCGCUGUCGGAGCCUGCCUUCAGAUCGCUGCUAUUGUGGGUUAUAUCGUGGCUUUGGUGCCGGGUGGGAGUGCUGGCAUGAGAUUUGUGGGUGGCAUGGCUGCGUCGGCAAUCAAAAGAACAGUGAGCGGCAAGACUAUGCCGAUAUGAGCGC